GUCCGCACCCGGAAGUAAACACAACGAAGUCAAAAAGGCUUAUAUGAUUAUAAAAACAGCAACACAAAACAGAUGUCAGCCGAAUAAUUGGAGGUAAAAUAAAGUAACCUAAUAUUGUCAAGAUGUCGCGCUCAACAUCUAAAGCCCAAGCUGACAAGGGUAAGACACCUGCUCGAAUUUCCCCACCGCCCUCCCAAGAUCCAGAAGAGGAAGACAUUAUCCCCGGAUGUCUUACUCAGAGCCAAUGGGUGGAAAUGUUGGCCCAAGAAGAGGCGGAUGAUGUCAUAGGGGAAAUAAUGGCUGAUCUGAUGACCAAUGUUAUGGAAGGCUGUUACAAUGUCCACAUUGAAAGACAGUUAUCAUCUUUCACUGCAUACUGGGCCAUGGAUUACUUCAUACAGACUGUGGAGGAGAAACUCAUGUGUCGAGAUAUAUGGGAAGAUGCAAUGGAAUUGUCCGGCACAGAAGACUCAGAACCAAUACCAAUCACUCCAGAUGUAUGGGCGGAAGGUUGUUUUCCUGUUAUCCACGGAACACCUUCAUCUGAGCCUGUGUCACCACCACAGGAAGCUAGUAUUUGCGAGGACCUUGAACUGGCAUAUUCUGAAGAAAAUCAGCAAGAUGUUCCCAUGCCACAAACCAGCAUCACUCCUGAGCAACCUGAAGGAAACACAAGUGCCAGCAGGCAGGUCGGUGACGAGAUUUGCCAAGAAGUAAGUCCUGAGCCACCUGAAGGAAAAAUAAGUGCCAGCAGGCAGGUCGGUGACGAGAUUUGCCAAGAAGCAAGUCCUGAGCCACCUGAAGGGAAAAUAAGCCCCAGCGGGCAUGUCAGUGACGAGAUGUGCCAAGAACCAAGUCCUUGCCCCAAACCAAAAACUUCCACCAAGAAAAAACAAAAAGCCAGAAGUACUGUAUCAUGUGCAGCAGAAAAAAUGGAAACCAAUGGUGAUCAUAAAGUCCCUUCUGGUUCUAAACAUACAGCAUCACAACCUUCAAAGGCGAAUCAAACGAUAAGUAAGCUCAAUCAUUCUUCCUUGCCUCGACAUUGGAUCACGCCUCACUAUGAGAUAGACAAAUGCACAAAAUCCAGCAUCAAAAAAUCAGGUGAACAUUCCAAACCUGUGCCUAGUAGUCAGCAGACUGGUUUAGUAGGAACGUCGCGGAAUCCUGUGACCCGAGAUCAGUCUGAGAGGUUGUCUUCCGUAAAGGAUGAGAAGAUGAUGGCUAGAGCGUUGAGGAUGGACACCAUCAAUUUGGCCAAAGGUGUAUCUCUUGUGGAGCCCCAUAAAACAAAAACGGGCCCACUCCCAUUGAAAUCACAAGCUCACGCUGCCAAGCUGAGGCCGAUCAACAGUGAGUCUGUGGAAACAAAUUUUCCUGUUGAUCAGUUGACGACAAAACGUCCACCUCAGGUUACCCAGUUGUCGCCGUCUGACAAAUUUAAAUUUUGAUUGAAAAAAAAUAAAAAU